ACAUCAGAAGCUUCAAAUUCCUAGUUGCAGAUUUUCCCCUUAGAAUUUCUCAGCAACUUGUUAACCUGGGGACUAUUUUAAUCUUUACCAUAAGACAUGGAUGCAUGGAAUGAUGAAGCUAUGAAGCAGUUUCAGUCCCUUCUGGAAACCUUGGAUGAACAACACAAGAACACAUUCCAGAAUAUGCACCAGGGUUAUCCAAGAGAAACAUUAGUACGUUUUCUCAAAGCAAGGGAUGGGAAUGUUCCCAAAGCACAUAAAAUGUUCAUUGAUUGCUUGCAAUGGAGAGUGGAAAAUGGGAUUGACAAUGUUUUAGCUAGGCCAAUCCUGGCCGAUUCGUACAGAAGCGUGAGAGAUUCGCAACUCAUGGGAAUGUCUGGUUACACAAAAGAGGGUCUACCAGUCAUUGCUGUUGGUGUUGGUCUUAGCACAUAUGGAAAAGUUUCUGACAAAUACUAUGUACAAUCACACAUCCAAAUGAAUGAAUAUAGGGAUAGGGUGAUCUUGCCAACAGCUACCAAGAAUCAUGGAAGAUACAUUGGUACCUGUGUGAAAGUCUUGGAUAUGACAGGCCUAAGACUAUCAGCACUGAACCAAAUGAAGCUUUUGACAUCUAUAUCUACCAUAGAUGACUUGAAUUAUCCAGAAAAGACAGACACAUACUAUAUUGUCAAUGCUCCAUAUGUAUUCUCUGCAUGUUGGAAGGUUGUAAAGCCUCUGUUGCAAGAAAGAACAAGGAAGAAAGUUCAAGUGCUGCAAGGUUGUGGUAGGGAGGAAUUACUUAAGGUAAUGGACUAUGCAUCCCUUCCACAUUUUUGCAAGGACUCAUCAAAGUUAACCAAACACAAUGCAACAAUGAAUGCUGAAAACUGCUACUCCCUUGAUCAUGUCUUCCAUAAACAACUUUAUAAUUAUAUGAAGCAGCAAGCUAUGAUAAUGGAGUCCAUAUCACAAAUCAAACAGGAUUCUUUCUAUGUAGAAUUGCCAGAGACAGACCCAGAUGAUGCCAAAAUUGUCAAGACUAUAGAAAUUGAGUUCAGGAAAGUGGAAAGCAAGAAUGGCCUAAAUAAUUCACUAAAUGGUGUUGCUGUUAAAGAUGAAGAUAACUACUACCCCAACACAAGUGCCUCAGCCAAUACUCCAAUAGUAAAGGACACACAUCAAGGAUUUUGAUACAAAGAGGAACUGCAACAGAAUCACAUAACUUGAA